GUCAUUAAGUAAGAUUGGACUGUUUAUUACGAUAAGAAUCGAACAGUUAUAACUUAAGAAACGAUAAAUGUUUAAAGUGUAAUUAAGGAAACGUUGACGAAAGUGAUUUCAAAACAAGAGAAUUAAUAAAAUUUGAACAAAGCCACACCCUUGUGUGAUUAAAAUAGGUUUUAAAGAUAUAUUAAGUUUUAUACUUAGAAAUUAUAAAGUAAGAAAUUAAACAAUUUAAAAAUGGGAAAUUACAUUUCGAUAAACUUAGAAGAUCAUUACAGGAGAAAUGAAAAAUUCCUUCAAAAUUUAAAUGAAAUUGCAAUGGAAAGGCAAAUUCAAUUGAGAAAUCAAAUGGCUGAAAGACAGAGGGCAAUGGAAUUAGCCAAAAGUCGAGAUUUAUGUCUCUGGUACUCAGGAUUUUAUAUAGCUGCUACUGCUGGCUUGUUUACUGGGUUUAGAAGAACUAAAAGGGCCUAUUUCUUAUUUCCUCUUCUACCUCUUACAUUUGUCAAUCUAUAUUAUUGGGAUCUUGCAUAUGGGAAUAAAAUGCAUCGACUUAGAAUGGAGGCUGAGCACAUAAUGACACACGAAUCUGAUAUGCUAGAAGUACCAUGUGGUUUGCCAACACCGUCCUCUAUCGACCAACGUCGCUUGGAUCAAGAAGAGAGGAACAAGAUUCAUCCUCCCCUCCCAUAAGUUAAUUAAUAAAUAACACUGUACUAAUUGUGCCUUCACUGCUUUAUAGUUUAAAAAGCUGUGGAGAUAUGUCAAUGAGUGCGCUAGUUUGCUUCUUAAAUGUAAUCUCAAAAAUAUCGAAAUUCUUAACCGAAAGUAUUAAACAUGAUUCCUAUAUAUUAAAUGUUCAUAGUUCUAACUGUAUAUUUUGUAUAUUAUUUAUUAAAUAAAUAUAUUUUUAUGUUUAUUGUUUCCAGAUUUUAUGUUUUCGUAUUUUUUUAUAU